UUCAAGUACAAACAAUUAAGGCAUAGAUCAACAAUCAUACAGUUACAUUCGUGCUGAUACAUCACUUAGAGAAGAAAAAAAUACAUAGAAGAGAGAGAAGAAAAAUAAUAAUAAUAAUAAUAAUAAUAAUAAAAGGGUGAGGGUCUUAUUCCAAUAACCUAAACAUUUCCAAAACAGAGACAACGAGUCAGAACUGCGGUCGGAGUUUACAAUUCUCCUGAUCAUAUUAAAAGAUGUAAUCGCAAGGUUUAACGUGUUUAUCAUUAUGAUAAGUCAUGCAAUCAAGAAGCUUCAAGAUGUAACCCCCUCUCUUAGCUCACAAGCAGGCAAAAGUGGUGUUUCCGGUGUUGGAUCAGAUGAAGUGUCAGUGAUGGAGGGAGAUUCAGUCACUCUACACACUGGUGUUCAAACAAACCAACAAUAUGAUAUUAAAUGGUAUUUUAAUGACACUCGAAUCGCUCAAAUCGAUGGAGAUCUCAAUAAGUCCUGUACAGAUGUUCAGUGUAAUGAAGGCACUGAGAGAUUCAGAGACAGACUAAAGCUGGAUCAUCAGACUGGAUCUCUGACCAUCACACACACCACAAACACACACUCUGGAGAAUAUACACUGAAGAUCAUCACCAGCAGAGUCAGUGUAAAUAUCUUUAGUGUUUCUGUUCAUGGUGUUUCUGCUGCUGAACGAGAUGAAGUGAAGAGAAAGUCAGUGAAGGAGGGAGAAUCUGUUGCUUUACAUCCUGGUGUAAUAAAAAAACCAAGUGAUGUGAUGAUGUGGUAUUUUAAUGACACUCUCAUCGCUGAAAUCACUGGAGAUCAGAGUCAGAUCUGUACAGAUGAUCAGUGUAAAGAGAGAUUCAGAGACAGACUGAAGCUGGAUCAUCAGACUGGAUCUCUGACCAUCACACACACCACAAACACACACUCUGGACUCUAUAAACUACAGAUGAUCUUCAUCAACAGAACCUUCAGCAUCACUAGAGUGAAGAGAUUCAGUGUUUCUGUCAUUGAUGUUCCAGGGUCAGGUCUGUCUCCAGCAGCUGUAGCAGGAAUAGUUGUUAGUGUUCUUCUGCUGGUUUCUGCAGUUGUGGGUGCUGCUGGUGCUGUGAUUUACUAUCGUCACCACGGUACACAUGCACCACCAGUACCACAGGAUGAGGGUGAUGCUGAUGACCCACCACCUGAUCCCAAUGACAUUCCUGUGGAGAACAUGGAACAUCCAGGUGAUGCUGAUGAUCUACAACCUCAUCCACAUGACAUUCUUUUGGAGGACAUGGCACAUCCAGACUCAGGCCGAGGCUCCCAAUAAAAUAAUGUAACAUUAUUUAUAAUUUUGAUGCAUUGAAAUGAACACUGAAGAGAAUUUGGAAAUGAUGGAAAAACAUCAGCUGAAACUCUUUAAUUGUUACGAUUCCAAGAUUUCAGUGAUCGGUACCAAUACGAGUGAAUUUGGCAUUUAGCCUUAAACUCUACAUGACUGUAGGGCUGAGCGAAUAUGGGUCGAAGUCUUGACCUCCCU